AUGGAGAAGAGGACAUACUCAGUGGAGUGGCUUUCAGAAAGCAGUCAGAAGAACCCUGCUCAACUUCACAUGGAUAUGGAUUUACUAAAGCACAGGGUUGGACAUCCAGCUUUCCAAGUUCAGAAGAUACACCAUGGACCCUACUCUUCAUGUCUUUCCACACCAGCCAAUGUCUACAGUGACAAGGAAAACUAUCCUAGAGUGGACCUCCUUCCUGAAGACAAGGUGGCAACAUCACGGAAGCUUCAGCACAAGUCACAAGAGCACGAAGUGUUAAAGGAAAUGUCUGCUUGCAGACCCAGUCCUUCAAAGGAUGAUCUUGGCAGCUGUGAGUCUGAGAGCACGAGGAGCCCAGGGUCCAUCUCAGAAGAAGACAGUUCAUCGUCUAGACCUCGCACCAAGUUCUCAGCCGAGCAGCUAAAGGAGCUGGAGAAGAGCUUUAAGGAUAACAGAUACAUUGGAUCCAGCGAGAAGAAGAGGUUGUCCAGGGUCCUGAAUCUAUCAGAGACACAGAUUAAAACAUGGUUUCAGAACAGGAGGAUGAAGUACAAAAGACAAACCCAAGAUGCACGAGUUGAUGCUCUGUUUUCGAGGCUUUACCUGCCUUAUUACAGCUAUCCAGACUAUCAGGGCUCCGGAGGGCCAGUGACCCCUUCACCUGCAGCCUUGCCUUUCAACCCAAUCCAUCCGGCUGUUAGGAUUCCUGGACUGGCUCCGGCGGCACCCAUUGUCUCUUCUGCUAAUUUCGGCUCAUACUCCUCAUCACCCAUGCUUCUUCGCCCAAUGUUUAAUGAAUCCAUUGGACAGAGAUACAGCCCAUACUGA